AUGUGCCCGGCACUUUUCUACGGGUACAAUGUUGCAGAUAUUAAAAUGUGAAAUGUUGCGGCAUGUGCGCGGUCAGGAUGUUGCUUGAUGCUCAUCUUCGUCUGAACCGAUCACCAGGUGGUGGGGGCCAACUUGCGGAUGUUCUAUUCAUAUAUACACAUUCUGAUUACGAAAUCUGCCUGUUUAAAGUAUUGUUACUAUCGAUGUUAGUGAUUCAAGUCUAGAAAGUUCAAGCGCGUACAUUUGACUACAGGGUGCUGCAAGAUGCGGGAUUUGCAAUUAUUAUUUUUGAUUUCAAUGGCUGUCGCCACAUUAGGCGAAGAGGUUCGCCUAGUCGACUUGGACCCGAAAGAUGCCCAACAGAUAAUCGAAGGUCAGGACCAGUCUUUGAACUACGCCCCAAAGGUAGCCAGCAACGUUCCGGCAGUAAGGUACUUGGGCAAUGAACCUCAUCAUGUGCAGGAGGACAUAUACCAAGCGCGACAGUACCAUGGUCAAGACGGUUUGGGAGGGUACCUGUAUGGGUACAACGUGCCUGAUAUCGCCAAAACUGAGAAGAAGAAAGCUGGAGGAGACCUGAGGGGCGCUUAUAACUACAUCGCGGGAGAUGGACAGGAAAUCAAGGUGGAAUAUUGGGAUGACGGAACUGGAUUCCAUCAGAUUGACAACGUUCCAAAAAUAUUGCCAAAGCAAGUAGAAGAUUCCCCUGACGUGAAAGCAGCAAAAGAAAAAUUCUUCGCAAGAUGGCAAGAAGAGGCUGAAAGAAAUUUACAUCCGGUAGAAUAUCCAUACAACAGCGAAGGUCAAUACAAAAACCCGCAAUUAUCACCAAACGUACAACAGCAACUACAGCUGCAUCAACAGCAAGUACCCGUUACACAGUACCAAACAUCUCAAGGUCAAUAUAGCUCACAAGGACAAUACCAACCUUCGCAACCUAGUCAUUAUCAGCAGCAACAAAGUUUACAGGGCCGUCCUGGCAGCCCAAAUCAAAUAGACUAUUCUGGCCAGUACAGUGAACAACAGAAUGUAUUCAGUCAACCUCAGUCUGGUAAUCUUCAACCAGCAACACCAACUGGUAACCCCUAUGUACAGUCUGGAGGCUAUAGCAGUCAACCUGCUGUAUAUCCUUCUGUACAGUCUGGUGGUUACGAUAAUAAACCACAAGCUUCUCAUGUUAACCCUUAUGUACAAUCUUCUGGGGGAUAUAGCAGUCAACCAACACCAAACCCUUACGUAGGGUCUGGAGGAUAUCAGAAUCAACCCAGUCCCAAUCCUUAUGCACAAAAAUCUGGAGGAUAUAACAGUCAACCCACUCCGAACCCAUAUGUACAACAAUCUGGGGGUUACAACAGUCAUCCAACUGGAAAGGAUGAAGAAGAUGAGACUACAGGACCACCAAAAGGCUUCUUCUACAGUUUCGACUACCCUGUUGGCAUUAUUGUCAAUAAGGGUGAUCUUGUCAAGAGAGGCACUGAUGUCAAGGAUGUGUAUAAUGAAAAUAAAGCAAAAUUUGAGGCGCAACUUCAACAUGGACAUAGCGAUGGUUCUCAAAGCAGUUACACGUAUUCGCAAAACUGAUUGAAAGCUCAUAAUGAUUCGAAAAUGUUCAAUACAUUGUGAUAAACGUUUAUUGUUAUUUUUAUUUUAUUUAUGAAAGUUAUUUGUAUUUUUAUUAGAAUAAACUUGUCACAGAUUCCUCGCAAGGACAGUUUCUUUUGUAUACUGAUGCCAAGAAACCGCUGUUGCUAUAAAGAAGUUAAAAUAUUCCCAGACACGAAGAUCGAAUUCCCAGUAAAAAUGGUUUCAACUGAAU